AUGAAGGCCGCUCUCGUCUUCGCCUCCCUCUCCGGCCUCGCCGCCGCCGGUUUCAACAUUUUUCUCCUCCCCGCCUGCGCCCGCCACUGCGUCCUGAGCGCCGUCAGGAAGACUAAAUGCAGCGUGGUUGACAAUCAGUGCCUGUGCGGCGGGGAGGCGCAGGAGAUAAUGCGACCGUUUGUCACCGACUGCAUGGACGUGAAAUGCACUGCGGAUGAGAAGCACGGGGCCAUGAUAGCGUUCAGCGUAGCCUGCACGGAGCGCCACCCUCACGAUCCCAGCGGGCCAUGA